CUAUAAGCAUCGUCAGUCACUCAGUUAACAACAGACUGUUACUACGAUACGGAAAAUUUGAGUAACGUGCUAUAAAAUUAACACUUUUUUUCUUCUUUCAUGGUUGCUGUAGAACAGCCGAGAUGUAGCAGCGGGCAUUGUUGUGAGGUCUGCUAGGGAGAAAGAACCAUAUACUGUUUCAUCCGAUAAAAAGACAGAUAAGUGCGCACGAGCACAUGUGUGCACAGCUGUGCGAGCAAAAAAAGAAAAAAAAAGACUUAUAAAAGGAAACAUGACGUUUAUACAACACUGCGUACAAACAGGGCUGUUUGAGGAAGUGAAACGGUUGAGUGUUUAUUGUAGCUGGUGAUGUGGAUUUUAUGACACUUUCUGUAAUCUACAGAAAAUGGCAAGUGCUUUUCCAGACGUAUCUCCAUCUAAUGAUCCACUCAAGGAUGAAGAUGGUUACGACGAGGUACUUCAGCUUGAGCCUCAAGAUAAAAAACCUAAUACCAAGAACCCGAAAUCACGCUGGCGGACAGUAAACAUCAUGAGCAACACAAGUCAUAUUUUGAUGCUGUUGUUCACAGUGUACGUGUUGAUUUUAAGUUUUGGUGAUUAUUCAUUUUUUUCGUGGCAUCCAGCGUUAAUGACACUCGGUUCACUACUCUUCAUGGGUGAGGCAGUUUUGGCGAUUUCAACUGGGAACUGGCUGACUUCAAGACUGAACAGGAGAAACCGCGUAACAGCUCAUUGGGUAUUGCAGGCCAUAGCUGCUGCCUGUAUUUUUGCAGGAUUUUUGAUAAUAUUUAUUAAUAAAAACAGAAAAGGAAAAUUACACUUUCAAUCUCUUCAUGGAAUAGUGGGUCUAGUUUCUGUGAUAUUUGUUGGAAUAACCAGCAGUGGAGGCGUUGCCGCAUUGUAUACAACGCGCUUGAAAGACAUAAUUAAACCAGCUAAAGUUAAAUUUGCACACAAUGUUUUUGGCAUUAUUACAUUUGCCAUUGGAAUAGCAUCAACGAUACUUGGUAUUUAUUCAGGAUGGUUCACAAGACAUUCAAAUACAUUAAUGCAGAUAGUUUCUGUAAUAGUUGUUACACUAGCAAGCAUUUUUGCUGUGAUAAAUGCUUUUAAAUCUGCAUAUUCCAGAUUUGUUAACAUGGUACAAGGUCAUUAAAUUGAUGCACUAUGGUUAAAUUGUGCAUUUAUGGUGAGAUCAUUUUGAGUUGUAUACAUUGAAACUAUACGGUUUUUCAGUAGAAUGUUAACAAGUAUUGUACAAUAAUCACUAUUUUUGUGAUGUGUGUUUGUUGCAUACUAAGAAACAAGAUCUAUUGUUUCAAAGCAUUUGUUGAAAUAACUUUUUUCAGCAGGAAGUUAAGACCAAGUAUUGACCAAAAACAGUGCAUUUGUUAAAUAUGUAUACUGAAAAUUAGUAAAUAAGAUCUAUCCCCUCAAAUCAUUUUGUGGUACUGUUGGGGCAUGGAUUGGUUCAGAUAAUUGCUACCCUAAUUAUUUAUCUCGCAUAUAAUAGGACUGACAAUAAUGCUCAAUAUUUGUCCGAGAAAACUGCUAACUUCAUUUUUCCAUUGCUGAAUACAUUGCAGUGUGCAACAAAUGUGCUGAGAAGUAAGGUAAAACUUGUUAACGAUGUAGUCCAUUUUAGGAGUUUAAUUUCCUUUCGUAUAUACACAAUUUUAGGCUGGUGUUACAAAAAACAUAUGGUACCAUGGGGCAAGUCUCUUUGUAUUUGUAUUGGAAAACAAUUGUCAUAUUAAUGGAAUGAUGAUAUUGACCAUGCAUCUUUGUUGUUUCAUGCAAUAUAUUAUUUUGUUGACAAA